AUGAUUUCUACCCAUAAAGAGAGUAGGUCGGAGGAAAAUCGAGAAUUUCCGGAAGAAACUUAUUUACAUUUCGCGUCAGAAGCCUUAUUAAUAGACAAUAAUAGUUUAAAGCGAGAAACCGCGAGGGACGCGAUACUCAGGCGGGUCCUCGGUUAUAUACGGGACGGCUGGCCGCAAGAUAUCGAAAUAAAAGAUAUCAAACCAUACUUUCACAGAAAGAAAGAGUUAUACGAGGAACUGGGGUGCGUCAUGUGGGGUCACAGAGUAGUGGACCCUCUUAGUUGCAGGGAGGAAGUUCUCGCGGAGUUACAUGAGGCUCACAUGGGGAUCACUAAGUUGAAACAGUUCGCUCGCAGCUACGUGUGGUGGCCGGGGAUCGACGAGGCGGUGGAGGCCGUGUGCCGCGCCUGCUCGGUGUGCGCGCGCGCGGCGGACGCGUCGGAGCGACACGAGCCGCGCCCGUGGCUGUGGCCAGAGCGCCCGUGGUCGCGACUGCAUCUCGAUUAUUUAGGGCCGAUAGGGGGCGCUACUUACUUAGUCACCGUGGACGCUCAUUCUAAAUGGGUCGAAGUCACUGUUAUGAGUUCCAUUUCGGCAAAAAAUUUAAUAAGUAAAUUAAGGGAAAUGUGGGCUAGAUUCGGUCUGCCAAGACAGAUAGUGAGUGACAACGGUCCGCCAUUUACUAGUCAGGAAUUUCAGUUAUUUCUUAAGGAUAACGGUAUAGAACACAUAUUUUCAGCACCCUAUCACCCGGCUUCGAAUGGCGCAGCUGAGAAUGCGGUUAGAGUGGGCAAGCGGGUUAUAAAGAAGGCACUAGUACAGGGGGUGAAUAUCGAUAUCGCGCUUAAUAGGUGUCUACUCGUAUAUCGUAACACCGAACACUGUACUACCGGUGUGAGCCCCGCGAAAUUAUUACAAGGUCGUUCACUGCGCACACGCAUCGACUGUCUGAAGCCGGAGCUGGAGCCCCGCGUGCGGGCGCGGCAGGCGUGCGCCGCGGGCGGCAGUCGCCGGCAGUUCGCGCCGGGAGACCGCGUAUGGUACCGCGAUUAUCGUAACGCGGUUGUAAAAUGGUUAAAAGGAGAAGUACACUCCAGACUAGGAGAAACGGACUAUAAUAUUCUAAGGGCUGAUAAAGUCUUUAUUAAUAGACAUGUCGACCAGAUAAGACCACCAUCGGGGGAGCCGGAUAGGGAAGGGGAAGACCGGGAUGUUUCAGAAGGAGGAAGAGGUUCAUUAUCACGUUCCUAUCUAGUGUAUCCGAAUAGCUCCUCUCCAGUGGUGGAGGAAGAGGCCAGUUCGAGUGGCAGAUAG